UUUUCUUCUGGAAGAAUCAAAGAAUCAUUGACAAUUCUGAUCCAUUUUAACACCUAAAACCAGUCUAGUCAAGACUGCUCUAAGCUCUUUUUCACAACUUCCCAUAUAUUUUAGAUCACCACACUUAGAAUUUUUCUCGGAAAAUGAACUCACUUUUUUCUCUUUUAUUUUCUCUCUCUUUCUUUCUUUAUCUUUUUUCUCCAUAGAUCUCCACCUCCAAGCCCUAAUCUUUAAAAAAAAAAUGCAAUCGAGUCCUAAAAACAAUAAAUCCUUUUCUGCCCCAAAGAAAAAGAAGCAAUCAACAACAAAACCCAUAACUCUCUCUCCCCAAACUCAUCCACAAUCAUUAUCAAACUCACCAUUCAAAUUCAAAUUCAAAGCUUUCAAUUUCACCACUAUAAAAGAAAACCCUUACCGAACCACCACUGACCUCAAAACCAUGGCUGCGCUUCAGAGAUUCAAGCUCCUCGCCACGCAGUGCGGCGUCACACAGAGUCCGACUCGGAGCCCGAGGACUUCGCCUGUCGUCCACCUCCGUCGCCGGAAAACCACCCUCCGCAUGCUUCUCGGCCGAUCGAAAACCGUCAACUACCGCUCGCCGCCUCGCCAUGGAAACUCCAAUUCCUCCCCCUCCUCCUCCGUCAUCGAGCGGUUCCGAUUGUUGAAGGCGGCUCCGCCGGAGAAAUCUCCUCCGGUGAAGAGGAACAGUCUGAAGGAGCUUUUCGGGUCUUCGUCUCCGAUGGAAGUGGAAGGAGAAGGAGUUUAUAAGGAGAAUAGAUUGUCGGUUAUGGUUAGCGGAGGUGGCGGUUUGACCGGUUUGCAAUCUGGAUCGGGUUCGCCCCGACCCGGUUGGUCGGGUUUCCGUUAUAGGUCGUUAUUAAGAAGAGCUUGGCGCCCUAUGCUGGUUUCUAUCCCUGAGUAAAACCAAGUUAUUUACUACUGUUAUUAUUAUAUUAGAAAAAAAUGUUAUUAAUUUUUACAUUUUUGAUCCUAUUUUAAGGACUAAUUACUAGAAUUUACUCUAAAUUUUAGCUACGGAAUGAAAUCAUAUCGAUUUGACCCAAAAAAAAAAUAAAUCAUAAUCUCUUGCUUUUGUUAUUUAUAUUUAUUUUUCGAUGGGAAAAGAAUUGGGCUUAAUUUACUUUGAAACAAUUUGAAUGGUAAGUUUUAUUUGUAUUAUUUCAAUUAAAAAGGCCAUUAAAUUCCCUAUGUAUUAAAUUUCCAAUCAUGCUCUGUGCUACUUGUUAAGUGUUAGAUAAUAUCAUGUUAAUAUAGUACAAAUUUGCUUUUGAUCU